CCGAACCAAUCGCUUCUUCGGGGAGGGUAAAUACCAGGCAGGAAGUGUAAAACUCAGAGGAAAACAGGACACAGCCGAAGAAGGUGCUCAGGAUAACCUUACAAUUUCUUAAUAUACUCAUCACUGCAGUUCAUAAAGAGAGAACAAUGUCGUCAGGAGCUCUUUUCCCAAGCCUGAGUUCAGGCUCCCGUAGCUCUUCCAGCAAAUACCUGGUGGAGUUCAGGGCUGGUAAGAUGAGCCUGAAGGCCAGCACAGUGACACCGGACAAGAGAAAGGGAAUGGUCUAUGUCCAGCAAACGGACGACUCGCUCAUCCACUUCUGUUGGAAGGACAGAACGAGCGGAAACGUUGAGGAUGACCUGAUCAUUUUCCCUGAUGACUGUGAGUUUAAGAGGGUGAGCCAGUGCACCACGGGGCGUGUGUUCGUUCUCAAGUUUAAGGCUGGGUCCAAACGUCUAUUUUUCUGGAUGCAGGAGCCCAAAACAGAUAAAGAUGAGGAGCACUGCCGCAAGGUGAAUGAAUUCCUGAACAACCCUCCCAUGCCAGGGGCUCUUGGCAGUGGAGGCAGUGGCAGCCAUGAGCUGUCUGCUCUGGGAGGAGAAGGUGGCUUGCAAAGCCUUCUGGGUAACAUGAGCCAUAACCAACUCAUGCAGCUGAUUGGACCAACUGGACUAGGAGGACUUGGUGGACUAGGUGCUCUAGCAGGACCAGGCCUGGCCAGUCUGUUGGGAAGUGGAGGGACGGGCAGUAGCUCAACCUCAAGCUCCCGCAGCCAGUCGGCGGCUGCCACCCCGUCCUCUGGCUCUGCUGGGGCCCGGACCAGCUCUGCUCAGGCUGCAACCACGCCCGUCACCCCUGCUGCUAGCGCCCCUGCUGCCGCUGCUGCCUCCCCCACUGUCACCCCCACCACUCCUGCGGCCCAGACACCUGCAACCCCCGCGGGGGUGGCCAGCCCCACCCAACCCAUCCAGCUCAGUGACCUGCAGAGCAUCCUGGCCACCAUGAACGUACCCAACUCUGCUGCCUCAGGUCAAGGAGUGGACCUGGCCACUGUGCUGACUCCAGAGAUCAUGGCACCCAUCUUGUCCAACUCUGAGGUGCAGGAGAGGCUGCUGCCAUACCUGCCCUCGGGCGAGUCCUUACCUCAGAGUGCCUCUGAGAUCCAGAACACCCUCACCUCCCCACAGUUCCAGCAGGCCAUGAGUAUGUUCAGCAGUGCACUGGCCUCAGGGCAGCUUGGGCCUCUAAUGAACCAGUUUGGCUUGCCCAGUGGAGCGGUAGAUGCGGCCAACAAAGGGGAUGUUGAAGCUUUUGCCAAAGCCAUGGAGGGAGCCGACAGUAAGACGGAAGGGUCUGGAGAUAAGAAGGAAGACGAUGAGGACAUGAGUCUGGAUUAGAGGAUCCUUGCUGACUUGCAUGCAGUUUUCUGUGUCUCUCACACUUUGUUGAUGCCUUGCAGAAAAUAAGCUGUCUGGAAUGUCUGUUUACCUUUCUUUGUUUUGUAACACUGAGCUAAACUGCUACAAUAUAUAUUUUUUUUUUUAAACUUGGCUUACAGUAAAAGUAUUUUGGGUGUCA